GGGGCUGCGCUUGUGACAGGCAUGAUGGGAAGAAACAGAAGAAGCACUACUUCAGAAUACAAAAAUCUGGACUCAGAAGGGAGGCUGUCAGGUGCGGAAGUCUUGUUGCUAGCCUAGAGUUACUCAGAUUGAUAAAAAACAACAUCGUUAAAGAAACACCAAGAUCAAAGUUCCUCCAAAUUCUUGCAGAAAUAGACGUUUGUUGCUCGUUGGAAAGAAGUGAUCAUGUUCAUCGAGAAGGUAAACCCUUAAUCUUCGACAAAGGCCUUAGCAGCCGCAACAGAGACAAAGAUGCCAGAGCAUUGAACUGCAAAGCCAUCAAGCGAGACGUUACAGCUAUCUUACAUCAGGAAAAGUUUUACCGACAGGCUUGGAAGGAGCAUUUCAUAAUGGAACGAGCAAUACUCCAAAAAAGGUUUGAAAAUAAUGAAGGGAAACUUGAGCUGGAUGGUGAGGAUGAGGAAAAGAGAGCGACCUUUUCGGAAGAAAUAGUGUGGGCCGCUUGCGACAGCUGUGAGAAACUACGCCCUCUGUUGGAUCGUAUUGUUUACAGGUUUGGGACUAAGGAACGUGACAUCGAAGAAAAAUCAAUGAAAAAUCAAUACUUUCCACUGAUAGAUGACAGGACCCCCAUGGAAGAAGUUCCAGGAAAGUUGGAAAACGAACUCAAAUUAAUCUUCGGUACUGACAUGAAAAAGCAUUAUUCCAAACUCGUGGAAGAGCUUCUAAAGGAACAGACGCAACCAGGGAAUGACUUCCUCAGAACCUGCAGGGAAUUGGUAAACACGAUCAAGCACGGUGAUAUUAGUUCAGUGAGUGAAAUACUUGCUAUAACGAAGGAACCAGUCACCUUGGCUCGUCAGUGCACGGAUAAAAUAGAGGAGAUCUGCAACUUCUUCUUCAAAGCCAUGGACAAGGCCAGCGAUCUGAGAGACCAGGUGAAGCAGCUUGUGAGUGACAUCAAUGAGAAAGCUGACGAACUGCUUGAAUUAUUGUCAGACAACGAUCAAUUUGUCGUCACAAAGGGAAGCACUUGGAAGUUACUGGAGAUGACUGCGCUGAUUCGUCGGAGAAAGAGGCAGUCUCGAUCACCUGAUUCCGAAGCUGAAGAAGCUCUACGCAAACUGACGGAGGGCCCACAGGUGGAAUGUCAUAACCUCCGAAGGCAUCAUCAAGAGGUUGAAGACGCAGUGUUGGAAAACCACGAGGAUGAUCAGAUAUCGGCGAAGUGCAGAAAAACAUGCAAAGAAGCUGUCAAAGCGCUGGACGCAGGGUUAGCUGAGCACAAAUCUGACAUUGGAGAUACAGAAACUCUAGAAUGUUUGGACAUUCUAGGCAUCAGGAAAUUCCAGCUGAAAACAAAACUCCAGAAGAUGAAAAUUCGUGCUGACAAAGCCGAGGAGCUGGCGGAGACGAUCACCCAGCAGGAACAAAGGUUCAUCUCAAAGGAGAACUAUGAUUUCAGUGAUGUGAAGAAAUUUCUCACGACUGGAGGCGGUGAAGAUAAACCCUCCAAGGUGUUGGAUCUCACCCGCUGGUGUACGGACAGCACCGAGAAAAUUCUACUUGCAAUGCGGUCCUGUAGCCCCCGUACCACCUCCGUUACAAAUCGCCCCAAACAAAACAGGAAAAAAUAACACAAAAAUAUCAUAUCAAAACUCACGAAGGGAUAGAAAUCGGACACCAAAUUUAAAUAAACUUAAAAUACACAGAUUCUCUCGAAUUUUCCCUCAAUGCGUAGUGGGUGAGGUAUAACUAUCCUGAAAUAGUAUGACCCCUACAAUUACAAUAAGACAGGUCUUUCCAAUGACGUCUUUGCCGGUCUUGAUAUUAAAGGUAUCUUUCCGGUACUCAAUGGAACUCCUCAGGUCUUCGAUAGCUGUGACUUUGAGUUGCAAGAAAUAAGUGGACCAAGAGACCAGGAAGCGGACUACAAAAUGAAAUUUAACUCAAAGUAUAUCAAGUCUUGUAGGAUCUCAACAAUAUUUAGAAAUAGUGAGAAAAUAGCAAAUAUAAUUCCAAUCAACAGUGAAACCAGAGUUAGUCUGUGAAAAUUUACGGCAUUUCAUUUUUCUGCUGUGUCGUAAGAUGAAAUCAUUAAUUAACGAGUAAGCCUAUGCCUUAUAUAUCCCGGCCUGAUCUAGCCUUGUUUUAAUAAAAGGUGCAGGUAUAAUUUAGUUUUGACGCAAUCUCUAGAAAUCAUAACUUAGAUAAACUUAUACGUAUGUUACUAUCAUUUCAUCACCAUAAAGGCGCCUUUCCAUAUGCGCGUUGACAGGUGUGUUGUGGGCUUAGUGAAGUCGGUGUUUGUCUCUGUAAAAGUGAAACGCAUGAAUGCAUCUAUUCUUCAUCCUAAAAAUGUGUAAAAAUACGCAAACUUGCACUCACCAAUCCGGAACGGCCAACCAAAAGGUAACUUAAAGAAAUUUCAAUAUUUUUGCCUACUCCAAAAAUAACUCAUUUGUAGCCCUUAUCCCCAGAGUUACUCAUACACCAUCGAUCCCGGUUACUGCAUGCCGGCUAGCAGCCAAGUAUUUCGGAAUUAUAAACUGAUGAAGCUUUAGUAAAGAGCAGCAAUACCGGAUCCAUUCGAAUAUUUACACAAAAUUUCUCUCCCAAUAUGUAGCGUCGCCUUCUACCUUACAUCAUUUGCUAAUCAGGACGGACGUUUUUCAGUACAGGAUGCCUUUACGAAGCGACCACAGACAGGUUUUUUUUCGCAACUUAAUUUCGGAAAUGGUCUAUUCGCCGACGGGGCGCGGAAAGGUGAAUUUUUUUCCGGUGAUUGACGGGACAGGAGAUUCGCAAGUGAAUUUCAAACGGCAGUUUCAAAUGAUCAUUUCUAUUGCAUGGAGCGUCUAAAUCUAUCAAACGUCUCCCCAAGUUGUCAAUUGACGUCGCUACAUUGUAAAUAGCACCAAGGCAGCGGCUGUCAACCGUAAGCUUGCAAAAUGACCGCAACCACUUGGUGGCACGCUGUAUAUUGUGAACCGCUAUGUUGUUUUCUUACACAAUUCACUGCCAAGUUUGUCCCAUCGUAUUAUUUUUUCGUUUACCAAUCUAUUAACCUAAAUUUAAGUAGUUUCCGUACAUUAUGUCAUUACUGGUGGUAGGCGUCCUUGUGUACUUCAAUAUCACUGCAUUGCAUUCUAAAUUGUUCGAAUUUUUAAUGGCUGGAGAGUUCAAAACCAAUAAUUAUUGAAGUGAAUAAAUGUUUACUAAGUUUAGUCACUGAAAGAUUAGAACUGUAUAGGUCGAAGGCAAGAUUGUCCAUUUUAGAAUGAUAACAUGUUCAUGAUGUUAAUCUCAAAGAGCAAUUUUGUUGGAAAAUUACACCUAUUAGUGUCACUUGAUAAAAUCCAUCUACUAUCCGAAUAUGUCCUUGCUAUCAUCAAGUAACACACAUCCAGUCUAGCAACGAGCUUUAGCCAUGGUAUACAUGGUAUAUCGAAUUAUGGUUACAUUUGGCUAAACUUUAUUAAGUGUUGUUCCAUGAGAUGUUUAUAGAUAAGUAAAGCAGAUCCCUCAAGAAUAAUCUCAAGUUAAAAGUGAAAUAAAUAUUUUGUCAAAGAACAAUA